CCUGCGCGCUUCGGUCACUUUCUUUCUGUCCACAAGGAGCGUGGUAAAGAUGGCGGAGCCGAACGCUGUCCCGAGUGAUCUUUUUAAAUGCGUUUAUUCGUUCCUGCUGGAGAACAAGUUCACCAAGGCGGCUCAGCAGUUCCUCAAACAGACUAAAGUUAAUCCACAAGACCAGAAUGAAGAAAGUCUCGUCAACAUCUACAACUUCUGGGUGAAAUCUCCUGAGGCCAAGAAACGAAAAGCAGCUCCUAAUGAGUCUGCUAACGGGCCAUCAGCCAAGAAGGCCAGACCCAGUGCAGAAAGCUCUAGCAGUGAGGACUCAAGUGACUCUGAGGAGGAGAAGGCUCCUGCGAAGGUUCCUCCUAAGGCUGCAGCUGUUGGAAGCACGAGGAAGAAGGACAGCAGUUCUAGCAGCGAAGAGUCUGACUCUGAAGAUGAACAACCCACCAAAGCUCCUGCAGCGAAAGCCGCCAAAGCAGCCGUUUCUGCUAAAGGUGCAGUUCAGAAGAAGCAGGAGAGCAGCAGUGAAGACAGCUCCUCUGAUUCUGAAGAUGAAACCCCAGCAAAGGCUCCUCCUAAACCUGCUCCAGUAAAGAAAGCUGCUCCUGAUGAAUCCAGCAGCGAAGAGUCUUCAUCUGAAGACGAAGCCCCACCAAACAAAAAACCCAAACCAGGGGAAUACAGCGCUGUCCCUCCUCCUGCUUCCAUCCAGAAGGCUCCUGCUGCAGCAGCUGCCAUCAAAGCCCAGGCCAGCGAGUCGUCAGACAGCAGCGAUGCCGGCAGUGAUGAGGAAAAGAAGGUGGCAGCAAAACCUGCUCCUGUAAAGAAGACCAACUCAAAACCUGCAGCGACCAAACCAGCAGCAAAAAAGAAAAUGUCCAGCUCAGAGAGCUCUGAUUCAAGCUCGGAUGAAGAAGAAGCCAAGAAGCCUGCAGUUAAAGUCACCCCAGGAAAAGCUGCAGCAAAGGCACCUCCUGCCAAACCUACACCUGCUAAAUCUGCUGCACCUGUUACUCCUGCUGAAGAGGACUCCUCCUCCUCAGAGGAUUCCAGCUCAGAGGAGGAACAGGAGACAGUUAAAAAACCUGCUGUCCAAGUUCCACCUGCAAAAACUGCGGCAGGAAAGAAAGACGAGACCUCAAGCUCAGAAAGCAGCUCCGAAGAUGAGGCUCCAGCAAAACCGUCUGCUAAAGCUGCGACCCCAAAGGUCUCUGCUACCUCUAAACCCCUUGCCAAGGCACCAGAGACGAGCUCGGACUCCUCUGACGAAGACGACGAACCUCCGAAAACUAAGCCAGCUGCUAAAACAACUGCUACCCCAAAACCUGCUGCCAAAGCUGCUAAGCCUCCUGCAGCAGCAGAUGGCAGCUCAGACUCUGACUCCUCCUCUGAAGAUGAAGAGCCAGCAAAGACCAAACCAACAACCCCUAAAGCAGCUACACCAGCUUCAAAAAUGUCAACUCCUGCAGUUAAGCCUGCUGCAGCAGCAGAAGAGAGCAGCUCAGACUCUGACUCGUCGUCAGAAGAUGAAAAACAGCCAACUAAGGCAAAGCCAACAGCAGGAAAAUCAGCCACACCAACCUCAAAGCCUGUUAAACCUGCAGGAAAACCUUCACCACCAUCAGAAGGCAGUUCUGACUCUGACUCCUCGUCUGAAGAUGAAGAACCAACCCAGGCUAAACCCACAACUAAAGCUUCUACUCCAGCCUCAAAGCCUGCAGCUAAAGCUUCUACUCCAGCCUCAAAGCCUGCAGCUGGAGCAUCAAAGCCUACCACACCUGCAGGAAAACCUGCAGCAGCAUCAGAAAGUAGUUCUGACUCUGACUCUGACUCCUCGUCUGAAGAUGAAGAACCAACCCAGGCUAAACCCACAACUAAAGCUUCUACCCCAGCCUCAAAGCCUGUAGCUAAAGCUUCUACUCCAGCCUCAAAGGCUGCAGCUGGAGCAUCAAAGCCUACCACACCUGCAGGAAAACCUGCAGCAGCAUCAGAAAGUAGUUCUGACUAUGACUCCUCGUCUGAAGAUGAAGAACCAACCCAGGCCAAACCCACAACUAAAGCUUCUACUCCAGCCUCAAGGCCUGCAGCUAAAGCUUCUACUCCAGCCUCAAAGCCUGCAGCUGGAGCAUCAAAGCCUACCACACCUGCAGGAAAACCUACAGCAGCAUCAGAAAGUAGUUCUGACUCUGACUCCUCGUCUGAAGAUGAAGAACCAACCCAGGCUAAACCCACAACUAAAGCUUUUACUCCAGCCUCAAGGCCUGCAGCGAAAGCUUCUACUCCAGCCUCAAAGCCUGCAGCUGGAGCAUCAAAGCCUACCACACCUGCAGGAAAACCUGCAGCAGCAUCAGAAAGUAGUUCUGACUAUGACUCCUCGUCUGAAGAUGAAGAACCAACCCAGGCUAAACCCACAACUAAAGCUUCUACUCCAGCCUCAAGGCCUGCAGCUAAAGCUUCUACUCCAGCCUCAAAGGCUGCAGCUGGAGCAUCAAAGCCUACCACACCUGCAGGAAAACCUGCAGCAGCAUCAGAAAGUAGUUCUGACUCUGACUCCUCGUCUGAAGAUGAAGAACCAACCCAGGCUAAACCCACAACUAAAGCUUCUACUCCAGCCUCAAGGCCUGCAGCUAAAGCUUCUACUCCAGCCUCAAAGCCUGCAGCUGGAGCAUCAAAGCCUACCACACCUGCAGGAAAACCUGCAGCAGCAUCAGAAAGUAGUUCUGACUCUGACUCCUCGUCUGAAGAUGAAGAACCAACCCAGGCUAAACCCACAACUAAAGCUUCUACUCCAGCCUCAAAGCCUGCAGCUAAAGCUUCUACUCCAGCCUCAAAGCCUGCAGCUAAAGCUUCUACUCCAGCCUCAAAGCCUGCAGCUGGAGCAUCAAAGCCUACCACACCUGCAGGAAAACCAGCAGCAGCAUCUGAGAGCAGCUCUGACUCUGACUCCUCUUCUGAAGAUGAAAAACCAGCCAAACCCAAACCUGCAGUGACUAAAGCAGCUACUCCUGCAUCAAUGCCAGCAGCCAAAGGGGCUGGAGCCUCAAAACCUGCUACACCUGCAGCAAAAACUAGUAAAACAAAGAGCAGUUCUGACUCUGAUAGCUCAGAAUCAUCAGAAGACAAAGCAGCCAAGCCUGCAACCAAGAAACCAGGUCCUGCAGCUGCCAGUGCCACCAAAGCUGCUACAGGUAAAAAGGCAGAAGAGAGCAGCUCCGACUCUUCAGAUAGCUCUGACUCGGAAGAAGAGGCCCCCCCUGCUAAACCUGCGGUAACCAACGGCAAAGCAGCAACUCCUAAGAUGCCCAAAACAGUGGCAAAGGUUGCAGAGAAGACUGCUGAGUCUUCAUCCAGUGACAGCAGCUCUGAAGAUGAGGAAGAAGCUAAUAAAGGUAAGGUUACAGCUGCAGUAGCAGCGAAGACCAAGACGACCCCAGCGGCAGCGAAGACCAAGACGACCCCAGCAGCGGCGAAGACCAAGACGACCCCAGCGGCGGCGAAGACCAAGACGACCCCAGCGGCGGCGAAGACCAAGACGACCCCAGCGGCGGCGAAGACCAAGACGACCCCAGCGGCGGCGAAGACCAAGACGACCCCAGCGGCGGCGAAGACCAAGACGACCCCAGCGGCGGCGAAGACCAAGACGACCCCAGCGGCGGCGAAGACCAAGACGACCCCAGCUGCUAAAGGUAAAGAGAGCAGCAGCUCCUCAGACAGUUCAUCAGAGGAGGACGAAGCGCCACGCAAAGCAGCCACUGCACCCACCACCCCUACGGCUAACAAUACAAAUGGGAAGAGAAAACGUGACGAAGAGUCAUCAGAGAGUGAAGAAGAGGAAGAGAUGGAUGUGAAGACACCAAAAAACAAGAAAGUAACCACCACACCACAGACUUUCCCCAAAGCCAAUAAGAAGUCUUCCAAUGUUCCUUUCCGAAGAAUAGUAGAAGAGCAUGUAGAAGUUGAUCCCCGACUGGCAGAUAACUCCUUUGACGCUAAGCGUGGAGCCAACGGAGACUGGGGACAAAAAGCCAACCAGGCGCUCAAGUUCACUAAGGGAAAGUCCUUCCGCCAUGAAAAGACGAAAAAGAAGAGGGGGAGCUACCGCGGCGGGGCCAUUUCCACCACGAUCAACUCUGUCAAGUUCGACAGUGACUGAUUCCUGCUAAUCUAACUGUAACUCAUGCUGUGUGAUCCAGGAUCUGUUUGGUCCCUCAGCAAUGCAGAUGUUACCCAGCUGUGACAUCAGACUCUGCUGGUUGACAUUUGUGUGAUGUUAUUACUUAUGGCCACUAGGUGGCUGCAGGCCACCAGUUGAUGGUACAGAGCCAAUGUUCAUGUCAUGUCCUCUGGGUUAACCUGUCGCUCUAUUCCAGAUAAUGAAUGUCCUGUAAUGAUCAUUAUUCAGGUUUAAUUGUCAGUUAGCUCUCAGUGAAUGACAGCCAUCCAACCUAACAUUAUUCACUGUGUGUGAAAUGGCUGUAUCGAUCUUUUUUUGUAAUGCAUCUGAGGUUUUAUUUGGCUGAAUUUAGAUGUGGAGAGGGGAGUGUUUGGGCUUUUUCCUCUUACAAUCACAGUAAACAUUAAAGUUUUAUACUGUAUUUAUAGUGACGUUUUAUUCCAUGUGGAUUAUUAGGACCAUCGAGGUCUUCUCCAUGCUUUUCUAAAGAAAAUUUGUUUUCUUUUGUUUCUUUUGAUGCCCGUGAGGAUGCCCAUGUUAACCCUUCCUUUUCUGUUCAUCAGUGGUAAUGAAUUUGUUCUUCCCAAGUAAAACCAGAGAGUUAUGUUAGUUUCAGUUUCACAGCACUGUAUGAGCUUCUGUGUUCCACUGUCAUUUUUUUUAUAUUCUAACUUUAAAUAAAAUCCUAACAUUG